GGGAAUCCAUGCAGCUUCAAGAUUCCAGUUAAACAAGGACUCUUAGAAAAUUGCUAAUUUCUAUCACAUAAAUAGUGAAUCUAGCUUCUACUUCGUCUCUCUCCCUUAAAUCCUCAAAGUGUUUAUGAAAUGUACUUCUUCAAUGGGAUUCAUUGAAAGGUUUUCCCAAGUUUUUCUUUGAGAAGAAGAAUAUGAGGUUCUUGGUUUUUUCCAUGAAUAUGAGAAUCUGAUUUGCUGGAAAAGUUUAUUGGGUUCUGGUGACAUAGCUUGUGUCCUAUUCAACUUGUGAGUGCAGCAUUGUUUUUCGAUUUGUAGGAUCUUCUGGUGUUCCACUGCUGAUUUUAUUGCCGUCUGAGUGGAAUUUUUCGAGUGAGGUUAAAGAUGUAUGUGGUGGAUAGCAAAGGAGGUGCUAUAGCAUGCAUGCUGCUGGCAUUGUUCUUAUUGGGGACAUGGCCUGCUGUCCUGACUAUGCUCGAAAGAAGAGGCCGGCUUCCUCAGCAUACUUAUUUGGAUUACUCUAUCACCAAUUUCUUGGUUGCUGUUCUGAUUGCUUUGACAUUUGGUCAGAUAGGCAGUAGCACACCUGACAAGCCCAAUUUUAUAACUCAACUUUCACAGGAUAAUUUGCCUAGUGUUUUAUUCGCAAUGGCGGGUGGGAUAGUCCUGAGCCUUGGAAAUCUUUCUUCACAGUAUGCAUUUGCUUUAGUUGGUUUGUCACUGACAGAGGUGAUCACUGCAAGCAUCACAACUGUCAUAGGCACAACCUUGAAUUACUUCUUAGACAACAGAAUUAAUAGAGCCGAGAUUCUUUUCCCUGGUGUUGCUUGCUUCUUGAUUGCGGUUUGUCUUGGCUCUGCUGUUCACUCGUCCAAUGCAGCUGAUAACAAAGUAAAACUUGACAGUUUUCCCAGUGAUUCAAAAGAUGGAGAAAAGGCUCUAAAACAAAUUCCAGAUAAGGAUGGGUUAAAGGAUUUGGAGAGUGGAAAUGAGAAAGCGAAGGCUGGCACUGCAGACUAUCUUGUACAGAUUGAGAACCAAAGAGCAAUUAAGGUUUUUGGGAAGAAGACUUACAUUGGACUGGCCAUAACUUUCUUUGCGGGACUUUGCUUCUCCCUCUUCACACCAGCAUUCAACGUGGCCACAAAUGAUCAGUGGCAUACUUUGAAUAAAGGAGUUCCUCAUUUGGUUGUCUAUACUGCAUUUUUCUACUUCUCAGCAUCUUGUUUCGUCAUUGCUAUCAUUUUAAACACCAUCUUCCUUUACCGCCCUAUACUAGACUUACCCAAAAGUUCAUUCAAAGCUUACUUGAACGACUGGGAGGGUAGGGGUUGGGCCCUUUUGGCUGGUCUCAUAUGUGGAUUCGGCAACGGUCUCCAAUUCAUGGGAGGUCAAGCUGCAGGAUAUGCAGCAGCUGAUUCUGUUCAGGCACUUCCACUUGUGAGCACUUUCUGGGGCAUACUUCUGUUUGGAGAAUACCGAAAAUCGUCACGAAGAACAUAUAUAUUGCUUACUAGCAUGUUGACUAUGUUUAUUGUUGCUGUUGCUGUCCUCAUGGCAUCAUCGGGGCAUCGAAAAUGAGUAUUCACUCCUUGUCUGGAAAUUGUAUAUCUCUGUAUAACUCAGGAAUCCAGAGCAAGAAAAUAAUGAAGAGCAGAAUGAGCUCAUCAAUCAAGAAGAUUAUGAAUUGUGGAGGUGUUUCCAAAUAUGAUGGUAUUUUGGAAUAAUAAUAGUAAUAAUAAUAUGGGCUUAAAGAAAGAUACAAAUGGUAUCCUUUUACUACUAACGACUUGAACAAAUUAAAGCUUCUCAAUGCUUAAGACGAGGAGUUCACUAUAACGAAGUGUUUGUUUCCUUUUGUUUUUGAUAAAUUAAAGAAAUGAAUGUUUGUGAUGAACUUCAUGUUACAUUGGAGGAGACCCGAAAUCUAGUCUAUUCGAACCUGAAACCUAGUCUAUCACCUCUUUCAUUCUGUUUCUUAGCAGAAGCAAUCAUUGGAAUUUGCAACUCAUUUAAUUAUUAAGGUCCAACUUAUCUACUCCAGCUUGUCAAAGCGGUGACACCAAUUAUCGGAUGUGUUGACUUGAAAAAUAUAUCGGGCAGCUAGCCGUUUGUUUCUUCUUACAGCUACCCACAUCUUGGGCAAUCCAGCUUCAAGAUUUUAGUUAAGCAAGAACCCUUAGAAUAUUGCCAUUUUCUAUCAAAUUAAAACUGAAAACCAGCUUCUUCUUCUUCUCUCUCAUUUUCGUGGUCUUACACUCUUACUCUCACAUCCUCAAAAAGUGUUUCUGCUUCUUUCUCAUUUAAUGGGAUUCUUUCAGUUUCAUUUGAGAAUAAAAAAUACGAGGUUCCUGGUUGUUUCAUAUUAUUGUUAGAGCAUGAGAAUCUAAUAGUGAUUCUGAUUGUGACGUGAAAAAGUUUAUUGGAAUCUGCUGACACAGCUUCUGGGUCCUCCACAACUAGUGGGUGCAACACUAUUGAUUGGGGCAG